GCGCUGCGCGUUCUGGACGCCCGCCUCGUCACCGCGCCCGAGGGCUGCGCCAGCAUCCGCGGCUUCUCCGCCUGCGUCCCGCGGCACUGGGCCGUGCACGUCUCCGGCGUAGAUGAGAACGGGGACCCGGUGAGCUGGGAGGCGACGGGCUGGGCUGCCCGCAUCGUGCAGCACGAGAUGGACCAUCUGGACGGCGUGCUCUUCAUCGACCGCAUGGACAGCCGCACCUUCGCCAACACCGCCUGGAGCCAGCUCCUCGACUGAGACGGAGCCCCGGCAGCGGUACGGCACUCUGGGAUGUGGCCGCGGCCCCCACCUGCUCCUUGGAGCCGGCCUCGGAGUUUCUUUUUUCGGUCUAGGAAAGGGGGCUGUGCAGGACGGGAUUACCCCUCUCUCCUGCAGCACCUGGUCCACGGGAGAGGAAGGGGCUGGGAGCUGCGGGCUGCUGGACCUGGAGAAAAACGAGGAGGGACCCGGCUCCAAGAGGCCUUUAUAGAACGUGCUCCUUGUGUGGCAGAGGGCUGCUCUGCACAGUACCCUGUAGCAGGCAAAGGACCGUGGGAGUGGGGGGGAGAGGGUAUCCCCAACACUGGGUUCCUCCAUGGUCCCAAAGCGUGGCUGUGGGGCAACUGUGCCUCAGGGAGGAGCUAAGCACUGGCUGAAGCUUUCGGAUUGUUUUUAUUUUCAUAUAAACAAGACAGAACCCAAA